AAAAAACAUUGCAAAGUGAUUUUAAAGAAGAUCUGAUAGAUCUCGAUAUUGAUGAUAAUAUGAUAGAAUUAUUUAUAAUAGAAGUAGAUGAAUAUAUAGAGCCAAUAUUUGCCCAUAGCAACAUGCUGCAAAAGGUAAAGAAUACAUUAAGGUAUUCUCCGCCGCCAGAUAUCCAACAUUAUCUAAAGCUUUAUGAGAAGGGAUUGAAUAAGAAAGAUAAAGGAAAAGAAUACUUUAGAGAUUAUAAAGAGCUCACUGCCCAAUGUUGGUGUGGAAACUAUUUAUACUCACCAAGCGACAAAUGUAUAAAUUGUUAUCUUGAUCUUAAGUUAUGGAUAACUAUUAAGAGCUAUAUUAUAAAGGAGGUUGCUAAGAGUUAUUGGCACACUCCUGAUAAAAAAGAUGAAAGUGAAGCAUUUAAUACUCACUUUUCAAAUAAUGCAAGCCUUAUUAACGAUACUGAAAUAGACCCAGCUGAUGUCUGUCUCAAAUACAAAAUGUAUCUUUUACUUGAUUACAAGGCCGAUAAUAAGUUACCUGUACUGGAAACCCCAUUAGCAUUAUAUACUAAGGAAUUUAGUAAUUUCUUUACAAAAUAUCUUAGUAAUUCGGCUUGGUGGAUACCAAACCUUGUGUGCUAA